AUGGCCGAACGCAAGUUUGACCUCAGGACUCCUGAUUUCGAGGCGGACGCUCUAGCCAUCUGGGCACCGAAGCGGCGUAAAGGCCCUAGCUUAACUGGACACAUCCCUUUGGCUGUAUCCACAAAAAUCAAGCCAGAAAUCCACAAGCCAGAAGUCCACAAGCCAGAAGUCUACAAGCCAGAAGUCCACAAGUCAGAAGUCCACAAGACAGAAGUCCACAAGCCAGAGGUCCACAAGCCAGAGGUCCACAAGCCAGAAGUCCACAAGUCAGAAGUCCACAAGCCAGAAGUCCACAAGCUAGAAGUCCACAAGCCAGAGGUCCACAAGCCAGAGGUCCACAAGCCAGAAGUCCACAAGUCAGAGAGCCACAUAAAACAAGCCAGAAGUCAAAAGCCAGAGAUCAACAAGCCAGAAGUCCACAAGCCAGAGGUCAACAAGCCAGAAGUCCACAAGUCAGAGGUCAAAAAGCCAGAAGUCUACAAGCCAGAAGUCCACAAGCCAGAGGUCCACAAGUCAGAGGUCCACAUAAAACAAGCCAGAGGCCAACAGAAGCAAGUCCGAUGUCCACAAAUAAAGGUAUAG